AUGUCGUAUGCCAUGAAAAAACUACCUUCCCACCUUGAGUUCAUGGUAUCGCAGACAUAUAAGUAUUUUUCGAAUAGCUCUCUCCGACAGCAGAAAUAUAUGCAGAGGUGGGCUCUUGUUGGAGUAAAAGUGCGCGGGAAUACUGCCGCAGACCUGGCAACCCUGCCUGCGACCGACUCGCCUGAGUUGACACUAAGCCACGGUCAAGGUGAGACGUACGCCUCCGUGUUCUGGCGUCCCUCCGGAUAUUCUCGGUGCCACCGCGACUCUGGCACCCCUCUGUUGGGUGUGCGUGGUGCCCCUGGCCUGACACUCCACGCGGCUGCUGAAGCCCUCCACGGCGCAGAGCCUCUACAGGGGCGUCGUCAGGAGCAAGUGUACCUGGGAAACACCGUGCAGUGCGGUUGUGUGUGUGUGUCCUCUUUUCAUUUAAACACCAGGGAACGGGACCACAGAGGCACAGGAGGUCAAUUAAGAGCAACGGCAACCCUCCGAUCCGGCAAGCAGGUUGGCGGCAGCGAUGGCGGUGGCGGCAGCAGCGGUGGUGAGGUGGACGGCAGGGACGGAGGGGCGGUACAGGCUGCGGACAUCAAGGAGAAAAAGAACGUGCGGAGAAGCAAGGUGGCAUUCAGCAGUGUGAUCCUGGACCUGGUCGGCUUGACGGUGGUGGUGCCUCUGUCUCCUGCUCUCUUUGACUGUUACUCCAAGCACGACUCCAGCGGCUUGUAUUCCUCUGUGCUCUCCUGUGUGACUUGUUACCAGCAUAUCAUCGGCGUCCCUGCGAGGUUCCACUCUGUCUUGUUUGGUGGUAUGUGGUGCCUUGAGGUGCCAAUCAUUUCUGAAGUUUAUGAAAGCAGAAACGGCUCUCCAGAAUAUGAUUUUUACCCUAGAUCUUCCCUUCAGCGUUCAGCUUAUUCCUGCAGUGACAGGUGCAGCUUUUUAAACCCUGGGAGAAGCUACUGCAUUGAUCCCAGAGGCAGCCCACGCCCUCACAUUCACGUCCUGCACGCCCACGCCCACGCUGACCACCAAGGGGACGCGGAGCACGAGCUGAGUGACUUUGAAAAGGAGAAUUUGUUGUUCGUCUUCCCUCAGCCCUCCGUCAGCUGCUUCAGGAGAGAUACCAAGACUGGCACAGACUCCCUGGUUAUCUCUGGCAUGCCCUCAUCCAGUUGAUGUGCGAACACCACUGCAGGGAACUCUGUCGGUGUGUCUGUUCCUUUCUUUAUCAUUUCCAGUGUUCCUGCUCUUGUCAAUGCUGUUCCUGACACUGACAGUUCCUGCACUGACACUGUUUAGUUGGGUUAGGUUUGGUUACAUACAUUCCAUUCAUUACCAUCAUCAUUAUUCUCUCAUUUCUCAUUCAUUUAUCAUAAUUUUUCCAUCCACUUGUCACCAUCCUUCCAUUUCUCAUUAAUUUAUCACUUGUUAUCACCAUCCUUUCAUCUCUCAUUUACUAAUAAUUUUUAUUCCCAUGGCCUUGUUGACUGGAUGCUCUCUCUCUCUCUCUCUCUCUCUCUCUCUCUCUCUCUCUCUCUCUCUCUCUCUCUCUCUCUCUCUCUCUCUCUCUCUCUCUCUCUCUCUCUCUCUCUCUCUCUCUCUCUCUCUCUCUCUCUCUCUCUCUCUCUCAUGGCAUCAAGUAAGCAUUACAUUACAUGUUGCCGAGUUCUUUGGGCAUUGUGAAUGAAGUGGCCUACAGUGGUUUUUUAUUUAUUUAUUUAUUUUCUCUCUCUCUCUCUCUCUCUCUCUCUCUCUCUCUCUCUCUCUCUCUCUCUCUCUCUCUCUCUCUCUCUCUCUCUCUCUCUCUCUCUCUCUCUCUCUCUCUCUCUCUCUCUCUCUCUUCAAAACAAACAGGAGGUGAAUGAGUGUGAGAGAUUUUCAGGAAAAGUGAAUUUAAGUCCCUGUUUUGAUACAAAGAACAAAAAUCCCUUGUACCCAUGAUGAACUGUGCAUUAUCAUAACACCUAUCAUGUUCUAAAUCAAUUUCCCUCCCAUCUCUAAUAAUCUCUUGAUGACAAAUUAUCAGCAUUCUCAAUCUUCUCCAGAGGCUUUUGUAGUGUCAACCGCAGUAUACUUCUGCAAAAACUGCAUCAUUAUGGCACAUUCCUGGUUCAAAGGCUGUUUGACUGAUACAACCCAGUGCACAGUCCAUCAUGGAUACCUUUUAACAAAACCUACUUUUAUUUCAUGUUUUCAAGUAGCAUAAUUAUGUACUGCUUAAUAAAUGAACACCUGAA